CAUGUUCUGUUUUUAUGUUGGAUUUGCAGUGCUUGUUGUUUUAGUGAUUAUUUUGAAUCUUGUUUAGAAGAAUCCUAUUUCUGGAGAUUUUCCUUCAGUACAGAAGAAUACCAAAUUCUAACGGUCACAACAAUUUUUCGUCCAGGACAGAAGGAAUGCUGAUUGGUUAGUGAGUGGAUGAUAACAAAGGGGAAUUGUAGACUUAGCCAGUUCCCAAGUAACAGACCUAUACUUUUGUUUGCAGAAAAUGGGCCCUGCAUAUUAAUAUAUGUCACUCUCACAAGUGUAAAUGAGCCACAUUACAAACCCACGUGAAUGCAUUAACAACCAACUUAAGGCAGCUACUAAUGCUGUCAAGAUUCCUAAGUGCCAUCCCAUUGUGGGAUCCCAUCUAACAGCUGCCCUCUGGCUUUCUCCAUGGAGGUGCCUUGACUGGUCAGACGUUGACGUGCCUAUAAACAAAUCUCUUUCUCCUUCAGUCGAAAUGCUUGUGAUGCAGGUCCUUCUGGGCGUGGUCCAGGUACUGGGAGGAAUUGUCCUGGCUAUCACGGUGCCCUACUCGCCUGCCGUCAAGAUUGCCACCCCUUGGUGGUCAGGAGUUAUGUCUAUCAUUUCCGGAGUAGUAUGUAUUCGCUGUGCUGGAGCACCCACUGAGGAGUUUAAAAAGACCACACUCGUGAUUAAUGCCUUGCAAGUCACGUCCACAUUGAUCGCCAUCUGCAUGUAUGGCAUGUCGACAAGUCUCUCCUUGAUGCUUGUCACUGACUUCCUUCCAUUAAUACCAUGGACGUUAACAUGCGUACUUAUCGGAUUCAGUGUGUGGGAUUUAGUUGUCACAAUCCCAGUUUGUGUGGCAUACUACAAGCAUCACCCCAGAGUGAGGAGAUACCACCAUACCCAUUAGCAGCCGCAGUUAAGGAGAGGUUCUCUUUCAUCGUGCUGAGUAGCCUGGCCUGCUGUUCUUGGAUAAUUGGGAGAGGAAGAGAAUUGAUACAUAACGCCCUCGUUCCUGAUGUGCCUUUAGUGCAGUAGUAAACACUUCGAUGUUGGCCUUGUUCAUUUUCUAUACCCCUGCUCAGAAAUCUUUCCAAUCAUUUCAUCGCUGUUGAACAAUAGGUGAUGUUACACAGCCCUAAUCUCUGCACAGAAUUAUGUUGGCAGUGUGAGAUGGCAGCGCAUAAGUGUAAUCACCAUCCCUCUUGCUUCUUGCUCAAAUGCUCUGGAUGUGAUUUGCAUCCUCUUAGCCACAGUAAAUUGAUAUCAUCCCUCAUUCUGUCCCUCCAUGCUUGCUUACAGCUAUGCCCUGGAUCUCACUUCCUGCUUCCCUCUACCCUGGAAUGUCAGCUCACCCUGCUUGGUCACAUUGAGCUGGUGAGGGUGAUGUGAUUGGGAGCUCAAGGCAGUUUGUUCCACACCAUGCUUAGGAAUUCAUUUCUGGUAUUCACUGUCUUUUCAUUUCUUAUGCCAACCCCCACCUUGAUGUCUAUGUCUCUGUCACUCACUCUGCCUUUUCUAUCCACCACCCACCUCCAUCUCCCUUUUUGCCUUUGUAUCUGCCAUGAUGUCUCAUUCUCUCCUUGCCACUCUUCAAAAGAAAAAUAUCCACAUUGUGUAAUCGGACAGAUUUCACCUUCAGUGUGAGGCUGCACUGCUGGCACUGCAGGCCCAUCGACUCUUAAAUAACCACUGCCCAGCACAAAACAUCCAAUACUCUCCCAGACCUUUUCAAUUGGGACAAGAUUAGCCCAAAAACAAUGACUGCCACAAUCUAACAUCCAACCAGCAGUGGGCAGGAUGUGUGUGAGGAAUGUCUAGUUGGCAGAGGGGAGACUGCAUACUCAACCCAGUAAGAGAGGUUGGGACUCUGCAGUGACCUCAGUCAGACCAGUGGCAGGGAGAAGAGAACUAAGAAGAUAAUGCUCCUGUCUCAGAACCUUCCACCCAACUGGGGAGCUCUGAAGAAGUAUAGAAGCCUCAACCCCUUGUCUAGGUACCUAGUGUGUGGGGAAAACAAACAUUUCAAACACACAACCUCUGAACUCAUUCAACACAGGGUCAACCAAGUCACGUUUUUCAAAACUGUUAUUUGACAAAUUAAGCUAGCACCAAUCUCAGUCUCUUGUCAAAGUUGCUUUGAGAGAUGUGACUGUGCUUUCCAUGGUCUGAACAAUUUAAACAAUCUGUAACUUAUAGACAAUAGAUAUAAUUAAAACUGUUCAAUAUGCUCUCCAACUGAACAAUUUGUCAAGAGCUUUUUUUAAAAUUAAACAGAACAAAACUUUUCACUGCAGAACAGGGAUUAAAGAUUUAACCCCAACACAUCAGCAGAACCCCCCAGAGACUGCUUGUAAAUUCAGAUCUAUUUCUUGGAACCACCCUGUAAAGUUUAACACAUGCCCUAGGGACUCCUCUGUAAAUACAGACAGACUCACUCGGGACCCCUGUAAAUACAGACAGACUGGGGCUUCGGUGUAAUUACAGACUCAUGGGAGCCACCAGUAAACACUCUCACACUCAUUGGGAACCCCCUAUAGAUGAGGACACAGGCACUAGGAGGUCUACACAUUAGAUUUAGAUUUUGUACUCAAGUUUGGGGUACAAAAGUACAAUGAGAAGUGUACUAUAACGCUAUCUUAUGUACAAAAUCUUAGUUAUAGAAAUACAAAAAUAAAGAAGUUCAGCACUUGUGUUCUUAGCCAUCCCUUGCCAUUGUCUCUGACCACCACCAUGCUUGACCACUUCACUACUAUCCAGAUUUGCGCUGGCCCUAGCAGUAAUCAAGUUCUCUCCAUGGCCUCCAAAAGCUACGAGAAACACAAAAACUAAACGAACACUGAGAAAAGAAGGAAAGCGGGCGGAAUGAAUGAAAUCCAGGCUAAAGAGUUUGGCCUGUCGCUGUUUACUCCAACGUAAUCGUCUUAACGGAUGCACUCACUAGAUUCUGUAAAUACAGUCACAGAACACCCUGUACAUUUGGACAUAUUCUCUGGGACUCCACUGCUCUAUAUCUUGUGAAGGAUACUGAAAU